GACGGAUCGUAACAUUCAGAGGCCGCUAAUAUGUCCAUGAUGCAUUUUUUUACGUCUUCCAGAAACAAGUGUCAGGCAAUUCCGUCCUCUUCCUGAGUCAGGUCAGAGACCUCUGGAGGCCGCUGGUCCACACAGCAGUCAACCUCUCAGAAAUCAACAGCAUCAAGUCGUCCUUCCAGUUUCGGACAUAUGACCCCGAAGGUCUGAUUUUCUAUGGAGACACUAAAAACGGAGAGGACUGGUUCGUCCUGUCCCUGAUGAACGGCAUCCCCCUGAUGCAGAUCAGCAAAGAAGGCAUGCUGGUCAGCGUGGAGGGCGGGAUGAAGCUGAACGACGGGAAGUGGCACACGCUGGAAGUUAGCAACCAGGAGAAGUUUGUCAUUCUGGAGGUCGAUGGCUCAACCGGACUAAAGGUGGGGAUGCAGUCCCAGCAGACGGAAGAGGUCAUGUCAGGAGGACUUCGACUGGCCCUCGGUGGGAUCCUGAUCGAGAAGGAAAAGAUGAUCGUUCAGGUUCAAAUAUUGCUU